AUUUAUUUUCCUCAUUCUGUCCUGUGGAAAGUCAAACCUUUGCAAAGGCUAAUGAGUGCUCCAUAUCACAGUCAUCCUCCACAUCCUCACCUCAGAGGAGUUUAUGGGAAUUUAAGACAUUUUGCUCAUUACUGGAUUGCUACUGACACACGUUUCUGGAUUUGUGGAUCAAACAAAUGACGACCUUCAGGAGGAAUGCCAGCUCCGAAGCCAAGCCCAGGCUCACCGGAAGCUGCUGUGCCAUCGCUUCACAGCACUGCCACCAAUAUCCUGGCUUCUGUCAAAGAACAGGAGCUACAGUUUGAGCGUUUGACUCUGGAAUUGGAGGUGGAGCGACAGAUUGUGGCCAAUCAGCUGGAACGAUGCCGACUGAGUUCAGAAUCCCCAGGAGCUGCUAGUGGCGGUUCCUCUGAGAUGUCUCUUCCCUGGAGAUCUGCAGGGUCUGUGGGGAACUCUCACAGUUCUGCCCAGAUGAACUCUUACUCUGAUAGUGGUUAUCAGGAUGCUGUGAGCUACUACAGCGGUCAGGCACAGGGUGAGUGUCAGCAGAGACUUCAGAACACGUUACCUGCUUCAGGAGGAAGCUCCAGGCUGCAGAGGGGCUCCAGGGCUGAGGGCCAGGCUGCAGGACACCCCCGAACACCUGAGCUACAGGUGUCAGGAAUGAUGGACAGGGCUAAACCGGGUCGUGCUAUGCGCCGAGUUGGUUCAAUGCCCACUCGUGCUCAGUUGCUGUACGGAAGCAGCGUCUCUCCGUCUCGAGAGUCUCUUCGGACCCCUGGAAGCUCCUAUGGGUUGCCGAUUACGACUGAACCUAAACCUCUAUCCUCCAUUUUCACAAGCACCCCCCUGUCUGCAGUCCCACAGAAGGCCUCUCCUGCCACCCUGCGCAGAAUGGGCUCCUCCCGCUCGAGCCGCACCACGUCACCCUAUUGUGGAGGUGUAGGCUCUGUGAGAGAUGACGAGCAGGUAGGGCCAGGGAUGACCGCAGUACCCCAGCAUUAUGGGUCGAUGAUGUCAAGAACGUUUCUGCAUGACGUACCUAAUCCAUACAUUACACACAGCUAUGAGAUCUACGAGCGGAUAGACCCACGACCAGACAGCUUAACAGGUGUGCGAGCAUCUUACACUAGUCAACACAGUCAGAUAGGUGCUGAUCUGAGGUCAGCCACUUCCCCUGACCGCCAUAUAGGACCUAUUUAUGAGGGCCGGACUUUCCAGGGACCCCUCUACCACAGCCUCAGCCAGACAGCUUCAGACCUGAACCACAGUCCACAGAGUGCACUCUACAGGUCGUCUUUUGGUAUGAGUAACCUGCAGCAGAGCUCCAGUCAGCGCAGUAACAUGAUGUACCAAAGAAAUAACUACGCUUUAAACACCAUAUACACAGAAGCAUACCAAUCUACCCCUUACUGGUCCCCUGAUCCCAGCUACUCACGCCAGCCCAUGGAUGAUGAUGCCACACACUCCCCUUCGGUAGACAGCAUGCAGAAGGACCCAAGAGAGUUUGCAUGGCAUGACCCAGACCUGCCGGAGGUCAUCCACAUGCUACAGCAUCAGUUUCCGUCUGUGCAGGCUAAUGCAGUGGCAUACCUGCAACACCUGUGCUACAGAGACAACCACGUCAAGACCGAGGUGUGUCGUCUGGGUGGAAUAAAACACCUGGUGGAUUUGUUGGAUCAUAAGGUUCUGGAGGUGCAGCGGUAUGCAUGCGGAGCCCUGAGGAACCUCGUUUAUGGCAGAGCUACAGAUGACAACAAGAUUGCCGUAAUAAACGCAGGUGGAGUUCCUGCACUGCUUCGCCUGCUGAAAACAACAGUGGACACUGAAGUACGAGAGCUUGUCACAGGUGUGUUGUGGAAUCUGUCUUCGUGUGAUGCAGUGAAGAUGACAAUCAUCCGCGAUGCCUUAAGCAGCGUGACCCACACUGUGAUCAUCCCUCACUCGGGCUGGAGCAGCACUGACUUUCACGAUGAGCACAAACUCAAGCUGCACUCCUCUGUCGUGCUCCGCAACACCACCGGCUGUCUGAGGAACCUGAGUUCAGCUGGAGAAGAAGCCAGAAAAUAUAUGCGCUCCUGUGAGGGACUCGUGGACUCACUACUGUACAUCAUCAAAGCCUGUGUCAGCACCUCUGAUUUUGACAGCAAGAUUGUGGAAAACUGUGUUUGCAUCCUGAGGAAUCUCUCCUAUCGGCUGGAGCUGGAAAUGUCACCCUCCUGGCUGACAGCCAAUCAGGAGCUUGAUAGGUUAAUGGGGUCAGAGUCACCCAGAAAAGAUGCAGAUUACAGCUGCUGGGGGAGGAAGAGGAGAAAAAAGAAGAAUUUACUCGAAGAACAGUGGGAUGGUGUCGGGCCGAUCCCUGGUUUCUCAAAGCCUCCUAAAGGUGCUGAAAUGUUGUGGCACCCAUCUGUAGUGAAGCCCUAUCUUACCCUGUUAGCUGAGAGCUCAAACCCAGCCACACUAGAGGGCUCUGCCGGGUCACUCCAGAAUCUCUCCGCAGGACACUGGAAGUUUGCAGCGUAUAUUCGCGCAGCGGUGCGUAAGGAGAAAGGUUUGCCCAUUCUGGUGGAGUUACUGCGCAUGGAUAACGACAGAGUGGUGCGCUCCAUCGCCACAGCACUCAGAAACAUGGCCCUGGACGUGAGAAAUAAAGAAUUGAUCGGGAAAUAUGCCAUGCGGGACCUGGUGAACCGUUUGCCAGGGGGAAACACGACACAGCUGUCAGAUGAUACGGUGGCGGCAAUCUGUUGCACGCUGCAUGAGGUCACCAGAAGAAACAUGGAGAAUGCUAAAGCCCUGGCAGAUGCGGGCGGCAUUGAGAAACUCGUCAACAUCACCAAGGGCAGAGCAGAAAGCAGAUACUCGAUGAAGGUGGUGAAGGCGGCCGCUCAGGUGCUGAACACGCUGUGGCAGUACAGAGACCUGCGCACCAUCUAUAAGAAGGAUGGCUGGAAUCAGAAUCACUUCCUGACUCCUGUAUCAACUCUGGAGGGAGAGCGCUUCAAAUCACAACCCACGCUACAGAUGUCCCCUGUGCACCACACAGCAGGCAGCACAUUAUCAUCUCCCGCCAUGCUGGGCAUCAAAGAACACUCUGAUCAUCCAAAGACACAAACUAUGCAAUUUUAUAAUUACCAAGGAGAAAACGGCAUCAGUAAAAAUAAAACUAUAGGGUCUGCAAAAGCAUCUCAGUAUUACACUUCCCUGAGCAGAGAGGGCUCGAAACGAGAACAGAAGGUGUAUCACACCGAUGAAACGGGCCACAGAAACCAUGACACUUACAGCACAUGCCUGCAUUCACCACACGCCUACGAGGACUCGUAUCUGGAAAAGAUGGUGCACUAUUCUCCCGCUGAUUACAGCCAGACACACGGCUUCAGAACCACAAGCAACUAUGUGGACUUUUACUCUUCCACCAGGAGACCGUUGCACUGCAGUGAACAUUACCAAGGAUCCCCCGACUCAUGGGUAUAGAGCAGGGCUGCCCAAACUCUGUCCUAGAGGGCCGAUGUCCUGCAGAGUUUAUCUCCAACUUGCCU